AUGGAACCUGAAGGUUCAAACCGUAAUUAUUCAGCUGGUCUGUUGAACUGAAUAACAUGCCGUAUACAGAAUCUUAUGGAGAUGGUGACAGCAAAAGUUUUAGCAGGGUUCAGGAUGUCUAUCAAGAUUCUGGAAUUACUGUUGAAAAGAAAGUGUGCAUCGGUCAUGUGCAAAAAAGGUUUGGCACAGCACUUCGCAAGUUGAAGCGCGAAAACCCAGGCCUGGGAGGAAAAGGCAAGCUAACUGAUGGAACAAUUGACAAGCUUCAAAAUUACUAUGGAAUAGCCAUUCGGGCUAACGUGGGAAAUUUGGCAGGAAUGAAGAAAGCCAUCCAUGCAACUCUUACGCACUGUGCUUCAAGUGAGUCCCGCCCACUUCAUGAUCACUGCCCUGCUGGCAGCACAAGUUGGUGCAAGUAUCAGAAAGACAAAGCAAACAGGACAAAGCUUUAUAAACAUGGACCUGGACUCCCUUUGGAACUUAUUGCAAAGCUUAAACCAGAAUAUGCAAGACUAAGUGACGACAGCCUGUUCAAAAAAUGUUUACAUGGAAAAACACAAAACCAGAAUGAGGCACUGAACGGUAUGAUAUGACAAUGUGUCUCCAAGGAAGUGUAUGUUGGGCGUGAAAUUCUCGAAAUGGGUCUGUAUGAUGCUGUUGCAUACUUCAAUAUUCUGCCGUUUUAAAGCUUUUUGAUGCUCUGGGCAUUCCCCCAGGAAAGUUCACAGAAACUGGCUGCAGACAAAUGGAUCAUGGACGUGUUCUCAUGGCUCAGAGAAAGAGCCACAGUCACUCCUUCCAAGUUGUAUGCUGAUUUUAAAUUUAAUAUUAAUUAACUAUUUAUUAUCUUUUCUAUUCUACUUGUAAUUUAUUCUGUGCGGCAAAAUAAUAAAAAUAAAACUAAAUAAAAUAAAAAAUAAAGCAUCUGUGGAAUCAGAUGUACGCAUUAUGAGGGCAUAUCAUGUCUGUAAUUCCACUAGUAACGGGCUUUUUCGUUCGUUAAGUUGAAUGUGACGCUAAGAGCACGUUAGUUCAUUUGUCAUUAUCAAUGAAUUAGUAAGGUGUAAAUUUCCGUUCUGUCAGUAACUUGGAAAAACUUGGUACUGCAGCAAUUGUGGCAUUUAGAAAAAAAAGNAACGUGGGAAAUUUGGCAGGAAUGAAGAAAGCCAUCCAUGCAAGUCUUACGCACUGUGCUUCAAGUGAGUCCCGCCCACUUCAUGAUCACUGCCCUGCUGGCAGCACAAGUUGGUGCAAGUAUCAGAAAGACAAAGCAAACAGGACAAAGCUUUAUAAACAUGGACCUGGACUCCCUUUGGAACUUAUUGCAAAGCUUAAACCAGAAUAUGCAAGACUAAGUAACGACAGCCUGUUCAAAAAAUGUUUACAUGGAGAAACACAAAACCAGAAUGAGGCACUGAACGGUAUGAUAUGA